GCAGAGGGCUCCGGGCUGCCGGCUCCGUAACGGGAGGGCGGGGCCGGAGCUGGAGCCCUAGCAGUGGCUGGAGCCGGCGAAGGGGCGGGAGUCGGUUUCAGGCUGGACCACGAAAGCAAGGCAGGAGUCAUGCAGGCUUCAGUAACGUCUCUAGCCAGAAAGGAGGCCGUUCAGGCUGCAGCCAGAGAGUUGCUAAAGUUCGUGAACCGAGGACCCUCUCCCUUUCACGUGGUGGCAGAAUGUCGAAGCCGACUUCUCCAGGCUGGCUUCCAAGAGCUCAAAGAGACUGAGAAAUGGGACCUGCAGCCCGAAUGCAAGUACUUUGUGACCAGGAACUCCUCCACCAUCAUCGCAUUUGCAGUGGGGGGCCAGUAUUCUCCAGGCAAUGGCUUUAGCCUCAUCGGGGCCCACACGGACAGCCCUUCCCUUCGGACUAUAAUUCUCUUAAGGCAGAUACAGGAUCCUACAGCUUUUUAUCACCUGAUAGUGUACGUCUUAUCCCAGGUAAAGCGCAGGUCCCGUCGGAAUCAGGCAGGUUUCCUACAGGUUGGUAUAGAAACUUAUGGGGGUGGCAUCUGGAGCACCUGGUUUGACCGUGACCUCACGUUGGCUGGACGAGUCAUUAUCAAGGUAGGGAGUGGAACUGGGGUACUUGGGGUUAGGCAGGAACCAAGCCUUUUAUGUCCACAGCAUCCCCUUCAGAGAGCUGCUCAGGAAAAGAACCCUACCUCAGACCAAAUUGAACAGCGGUUGGUGCACGUGGAGAAGCCCAUACUGCGCAUCCCACACUUGGCAAUUCAUCUUCAUCGGACCGUCAAUGAGAGCUUCGGUCCCAACACUGAGACCCACUUAAUACCCAUUCUGGCCACAGCGGUCCAGGAGGAGCUGGAGAAGGGGAUGCCUGAUUCAGGGGCUCCUACCAACCAGAUGGAUCGACACCAGUCAGUGCUUAUGUCUCUUCUAUCUGCCCAGUUGGGGCAGAGCCCUGAGGACAUUCUGGAAAUGGAAUUGUGUCUCACAGACACUCAGCCUGCGGUCCUGGGAGGUGCCUUUGAGGAGUUCAUCUUUGCACCCCGUCUGGACAACCUGCACAGCUGCUUCUGUGCCCUCCAGGCUUUGAUUGACUCCUGUUCAGUCCCAGCAUCCCUUGCUUCUGACCCUAAUGUUCGAAUGGUUGCACUGUAUGACCACGAAGAGGUCGGAUCGCAGAGUGCACAGGGAGCAGAGUCGUUGCUGACAGAGCUGGUCCUCCGCCGUAUCUCAGCCUCACCCCAGAACGUGACGGCCUUUGAGGAGGCCAUGCCGAAAUCCUACAUGAUCAGUGCCGACAUGGCCCACGCCGUGCACCCUAACCACCUGGAUAAACAUGAAGAAAACCACCGACCUUUUUUCCACAAGGGACCUGUGAUCAAGGUGAACAAUAAACAACGCUAUGCGUCCAACGCUGUGUCCGAGGCAUUGAUCCGAGAGGUGGCUGCCCGCGUUGGGGUGCCCCUUCAGGAGUUCAUGGUUCGGAAUGACUCCCCCUGUGGCUCGACCAUUGGGCCCAUCCUGGCUGCUCGUCUGGGGCUGCGGGUGCUUGAUUUGGGCAGCCCCCAGCUGGCCAUGCACUCUAUCCGUGAGAUGGCAUGUACCUCCAGUGUGUUGCAGACCCUAACUCUCUUUAAGGGCUUCUUCGAGCUGUUUCCUGUUGUGAGCCGCAAUUUUGCAGUCGAUUGAGGCCUCUCAAGAGCUUCUCUUCCCUUCCUCAUCCCAUUAAGUCCAGAAUGUCAGUUCUCACCUGACUCAGAAUUGAAAUAUUAAAAUGAAUUUUUCAUUCA